GUUUUAAAACACUGGUUCUAUCUCUCUACUCUUUCUUACAAAAGAGCCUUCCAACUCAUGUUAUGACAUAGAUCCCCAAAUAUGACAUGACCAUUCAUUAUCGCCUCUUCAAUUUUUUUAGGAAGAUAUAUGCCUUCUAUAGAGUUUCACAUAGCGUUUGGGAAGGCUCGGGGGUCAAGACUUCUCCGAUAAUCGAUAGGCAAGACGAAUUGAUUAUUCUCGUCCCGACCCUAAUAACUAUUAUAGUAUCUGAUGAGUUGGGUGCGGGAGUCAAAGGUAUUUGACUCUUAUUCCAAUAUUUGAAUAAAUCCGUUAUUAACUACUGUUUUUAGGGCUUUUUGCAAAGAAUGGUUAGGACAUAACAUAGCCCCUUGGAAGGAGGACUCUCUAGAAGAGUUGAGUUCAAGGCAUCAAUAGUCAUCCUUGUCAAGGGCUCUUCACUAGGCCUUAUGUCCCACUCUAGGUGUCAAGUUUUGGUAACACUAGCAAUUGGAAAGCAGACCAUAGUGACUAUUAUGAGUAAGGUAGUCCCCAGCCAUUGAGAUGUCGGCGUCGACUGAUUGAUGAAAAUAACGUUAGACUCUUAAAAAAUAAGAGAACUAGGCAUACUUUGAAUGCAAUAAAAGAGCUUGAUUGAGAUAGUAAGUCCAUUGUUGGGAGACUCAAUGAGAAGACUCAUCCCUCAACUUCCUAUUAUAACUGGAAGAUCCAUCUAAUAUGUUUUCCUUGUGGAAGUUUAUCAUGAGCGGAAAUUUCAAUGGUAAAAUCGAUUUAAGCUGUUUGAUAUUGCAUUGGCAUGGGAACUUCUGGUAUAUUCUGACCCUAAUUUAAUUGUAAAUCUUUUGUGGUUCUGCAUCACAUAAUAAAUGAAAUUGAAAUCAAGAAGUUAGCUUGAAAAAAGUAUUUAUAAAAGAAGUUAGGUAGUUGAGCUGAGACAGACAGACUGCUUUACCCUAGACCAGCUUUUGUAUAUUGGUUGUCAUUUUAAGACCAUUAUCCACUCACCGUUGACCAAGACAAACUAAUGAAGAUGCUGUUGGUUUUGUCGAUUAACUCACAUGACUCACUUUGAGCUUUCCAUAGGGUUUCAUGAUCUUAACUUUGAAUGCUGCCGUACCUGCUCACUCGCUGACUGUAUGGCGUUCGAGUAUUUGGCUAAUGUUCUUGGUUAUAAUCCUUUUCCUUCAUACAAUAUUUAUCCUAUAGCAGCCUUUUCAUUUAGAGCAUUCUUCCCCAAAACAGUUCUUUUUAAAUUGGCUUUACUAUUCCAUCGGUCUAUUAUUUUGUUACAAAUUGAUUCAUGUUGUGCUGUGCUCAUUUGCAGAUACUGGAAGGACUUCUUAAAUUGGCAGAGAAUAGGGAAUGUGCUGACUGCAGAAGCAAGGGUCCUCGAUGGGCUAGUGUGAAUCUAGGCAUUUUUAUAUGCAUGCAAUGUUCCGGGAUCCACAGAAGUCUUGGGGUUCACAUAUCAAAGGUGAGGUCUGCUACGCUAGACACUUGGCUGCCUGAACAGGUUGCAUUCAUUCAGUCAAUGGGAAAUGAGAAGGCAAAUGCUUAUUGGGAAGCAGAGCUACCCCCAAAUUAUGAUAGAGUUGGGAUUGAGAAUUUCAUUCGUGCAAAGUAUGAGGACAAGAGAUGGGUUCUGAAGGAUGGCAAACCAAAGUCACCUUCUAGGGGGUGUGAAGAAACGGUUUCUGUGCAGAAGCAGAGAACUGGUGAUAGAAUUGUGCAUGGAUAUGCUACGAAUUCUGAAAAUUUAUCUGAUGGAAGGUAUAACUUCCAUGUACAAAGUUCGAAUGAAAGCAUUCCUGCUGCAAGAAUUAGUAUACCUGUGCCUCCGAAAGGACCUGAACCGGUCCCCCUUGCUUCAAAGCCUCAACAGGAGAUUCAGAAAGCAGAACUAGCUGCACCAGCUGAAUCCACAAAGCAGGUUGCAGAAGCUGUCUCUCCCCCUAAAGUUGAUUAUGCUACUGAUCUUUUCAACAUGCUUUCUAUGGAUGGUCCUAGUGAAAAUGGCUCUGUGGCAGCUUCUGCUGAUGAUAAUGCAUGGGCAGGUUUCCAGUCUGCUGAAGAAACAUCAACAGCUGAGGAACCUGGUACUACAAAAUCAGACGAUAAUAAAACCCUGCCAACGUCUGGAAUUGAAGAUUUAUUUAAAGAUUCACCAUCAGUUGCACCUCCUACCACCUCACAGAAGCCUCAAAAAGCGGCUAAGAAUGACAUUAUGAGCCUCUUUGACAAGUCCAAUAUGGUGUCGCCAUUUUCUCUUCAUCAACAGCAACUUGCUAUGCUGGCACAGCAAAAUUCCCUUCUUAUGGCUGCUGUCGCUAAAUCUGCUGGUGGGGUGCCAAAUUUUCCGGGCAAUGCACAAGGGUCCAAUGGCACCAACUUACCUGCUCAACAUUGGUCAAAUGUUGGCUACCAAUUUCCUGGAAUGAUGAUGCCGGCAGCUGGAAAGAGUGAACUAGAGAAAUUCAUGCAGAUGGGGAACAUGGGAGCAACGCAUCCAGUUGCAAACUCCCCUUCUUUUCCACCAUCCAGCACUUAUGCUAUGGGGUACGAUGUUUCUAGUAAUGGUGCAGUGCCAUUGGGAGCUAGUAGACCACUAUCAGCAUCUCCAGUUUCAUCUGCAUCUCCUGCACAACCGGGGAAAGAUUAUGAUUUCUCCUCCCUAACACAAGGGUUUUUCUCAAAACGCUGA